GUGCCCACUUGGCUGUGGGAGGGCUGUGGGACUGAGAGUUGCACAAGCCUGUGUUUGAUGUGGGGCUGGGGGUGUCAGCGGUGUAUGCUGCCCCAGGAAGUCCAUGGGCAUCCUGCCCAGCAGUGAGGUCAGGGAUGUCCCCAUCAUGAGAGACAGGGAGGGAACAGUGGCACCGCCUGCCCAGGCCGUCGCUGCAUCAUGCCUUGUCACACCACCACGCCAUGUCAUACGGCUCUGUUGUAACACCCUGUGCUGUGCCGUGGUGGGGGGCUAUGCCAUGCUGUGCUGUGCCAAGUGGCCAUGCCAUGCCAAGUGGCUGUGCUGUGCUGUGCCAGGGGCUGCACUGAGUCCCAGUGGGACCGGGGCACAGUGGGGUCUCAUCCUGGGACACUGGCUGGUCCCACCGCUGCACCCUCUCACCCCACCACUGUGAUCCAGCCUUUCCGGCCCCACCGCCAUCUCACACCAUAAUUAGUGCAGGCAGGGCGGAAGCUCCCCUACUAAUUGCCGGUGACUCGUUAGUGCUGGAGCGCCAUGUGCCUGGGGUGCGGCAGGACGAUCCGGCAGGGCUGGUCUGCGGGCAUCCCGCUGUGCUGUGCGGGUCCGUGGGGCCGUGGCGGGGCCCUCAUGUCACAGCAUGUCACAGCCCUGUGAUAAAAGCAGCGGCUGCGGGGCGGCGUUGGGGCACAGCAACACAGAGAGCAGAGGCAGCGGGACGGGGCAGGGAGGGCAGCCGGGGACAGGAGGUGCAGGGGCUGCGGGCCACACAGCACCAUGAACAAGAUCACGGUGUAUGAGCGCGCCGACUUCGAGGGGCUGAGCCGUGAGUUCACCUGCGAUGUGCCCGACCUGCACGAGCUGGAUUUUGGCGACUGCAUCGCGUCGCUGAAGGUGGUGGGGCAGCCCUGGAUCGCCUACACGCAGCCCAAGUACGAGGGCGAGCCGCACGUCUUCGAGGAGGGUGAGUACGAGGCCGUGGAGCGGCCCAACAGCUUCUCGGCGCUGCGCCUGGUGCACCACGACCUGCUGGACCCACAGAUCACCCUGUACGAGCGGCCCCACCUGCAGGGCGCCUGCAAGGUGGUCAGCGAGGAGACCAACCUGGCCUACGGGUACUUCAACGACCGCGUGGCCUCGCACGUGGUGCAGCGCGGGGUCUGGCUGCUGUAUCAGCACCCCAACCGCGGCGGCUGGCACUGCCUGGCCUGGCCCGGCGAGCGUGUGGACGACUAUGGGGCACAGCUGAACUUCCAGGCCAGGCUGUCACACCUGCGCCCGCUGCGGCCCGGCCGCCCCACGGUCACCGCACGGCUCCUGUGGGACCAGAAACGCAUCGAGGAGGAGCGGGAGGUGCUGGUGGAUGAGAUCGUGGGGGUGAACGAGACCGAAUCAGAGCAGGCGCUGGCGGCCGGCAGCACCCGGGAGUACAGCACCACGCUAUGGCAGAGCUUCCGCUUCAGCAACGCCACCAGCCUGCGGGCCGGGCUCUCCUUCACGCUGACCGUGGAGGCCGGCAACGUGUUCACGGUGCACAAGGGCCGCAGCGAGUCGAGCACCAGGAGGGAGCGCAGCGAGGUGGCCCUGCCCGCCAAGGUGCCGCCGCGCACACAGCUCACCGUCCACGUGCUGCGCAAGGAGGUGACGCUGUCGGUGCCCGUCGUGCUCACCAUCACACAGAACGAGGCGGUGCGCACCGAGAUGGGCGAGUACCGCAGCGUGUCGGGCACCAACGUCUGCGCCAGGUUCAGCAUGAGGCCGCUGCCUGCUGGUGGCACCGGGACGGAGGAGCAGACGGAGAAUGUGGCGGGCACAGAGCGGGCACACAGCGUGCAGGUGGGGCAGGAGGCCAUGGGGACGGAGCCAGGGGACAGCUUGUGUGUGGAGCAGGUGCACACCGGGUGCUGAGAGCAGGUGGAUGUGCCAAUAAAGCCCUUUCUGAACUGCAGUGCUGGUGAUGGUG